AUGGAUGAAGUCAACCCGGCCUGUUCAAGCUCAGAUGAGCGUGACGCCCAGGAGGUCAGGGCUCAGAUGGAUGCCCUCCCAGACCUACGCGACCAAAUCCAGGAACUGCUCGUCACCAGACUUAGUGACCACUCCAUCAUGGUGUUGCAGGAACAGCUGCAGCUCAUGCAGAGGAGCUCGUACUAUUUGGAAAUCCAUUGUGAUGAUUUGCACACUUCAUACUUGUCUGACAGCGUGUUGAGGUCUCUUAUUGAGCAGCCGAGGCUGCAGCAUGCCAUGACCCUCGCCAACACCCAGGUGAAGCUCCUUCUCAAGCUUCUGGAAAUGCUCUACCAAGAGAUGAUCAAGGGCUGUCAGCAGCUAGAGGCCUUCAUCAUUAAGUAUGACCAGGGUUUGGUGGAUAGUGACAUGGCGGCUUCUACACAGCAGAAGCUCCAGCAAACCCAGCAGUACGUGAAGGACUUUGAAAGCAGAAUGACUCAGAAUUUCGGCCCGCUGGAUCUGCAGAACCACCUCAUCUGGAGCACAGCCAUUGACCCCUUGCCGCAGCUCACUGCAUCACUGGCCAUCAAGAUGCCAGUGAUGAUUGACAGGUUUGAGUCGUGCGCAACAUCCGACGCUGUGCAUCUGUGUUGGGCAGUUGCAGGCCAGCAGUCUAUGGAGCCAAACCAACAGUUUGAGAUCCACGUAAAGAGCCGUCACCCUACUACUGCUGAACGUGAACGGUUUACUAAAUAUAUGUACCAGUCAUGCAACAUACAGGUCAACAACCUGACACCUGACAGGUACUAUCAGUUCUCUGUCAAGAGAGUAGACACUUUCAACUUGGUCUUUGGUCUGUGGAUUGACACCAUCAUCCUAAAGACCUUGGAUAUUUCCAAGUAAAGACAAUAUAUAAAAACAGAAAUAAAAUAUCUUACAGGAUUUCUUUAA